AUGGGUGAGACCCUCGCGCGCGCCACGCUUGUCGGUCUCGCACUCUUGAGACUCGCGUUUGCGUUCGCGCCUGGAUACGUCCAUCCGGAUGAGUGGUUUCAAUCCAACGAAGUCACCGCUGCGAACGUGUUCGGGACAGAGACGCAGUUGCCGUGGGAAUACACCGCCGACGCGCCCGCAAGAUCAAUCUUAGGCGCGUACGCGAGUAGUGGAUUAUCGUAUCUCAUCGCGUGCGCGAUCGCGCGGGCGACGGGCGCCGCGUUAGACGUAUCGUGGGUGACGACGUAUGCGCCGCGGUUGGCGCUGUGCGCGGCGUCGGCUACGGUUGACUUGGCGGUGGUAUCGUGCGCGAGGGCGGUGGGAUCGGCGACGACUGGGGCGGUGAAUGAAGCGGGUGUAUUGUUUGCGACAUCUUGGGUGACUUUAGUGCUGCUCGUUCGGCCUUUUAGUAAUUCUUUGGAGACAUAUGCGACAGCGGCUUGCGCGCUUGUCGCGACAACUGAACGCAAGUAUUUAGGACCCGUCUCGCGCUGUGUCGCUAUCGGCACGAUAGGGAUGGUGAGUAGUUUUAUAAGGUUUACGAGCGGUGCGUUCAUCGCGCCUUGGGCGGUGUAUGUGGUUGCGAGAGCGCGAGAAAAGUCGCCACUGACGAUGUUGGUCGGCGUUUGGAGUGGUGCGAUGGCGGCGAUUCUCACCGCGGUGGUGUGCAUCGUGAUCGACACGGCAUACUUUAGCGAUACGAAUAUGCUCAAUGUGUGGGUUUGGACGUCAAAGAACUGGAUCAUCACGCCGUGGAACUCGUUCAGAUAUAACGUCAACGCCGAUAACUUAGCGCGGCACGGUUUACAUCCUAGGUAUUUGCACGUCCUCGUCAAUGGUCCUUUGAUGUUCAGCGUGCUGUGGCUCGUCAGUCUCAGUGCACUGAUGCGAAGAAGACGAGACGCAUCGUCGAGAGAUUUAAUCGUGCGAACUCUUUGGGCGAGUGUUUUGUUUCCUCUCGCGGCGCUUUCGCUUGCGCCGCAUCAAGAGCCUCGAUUUCUGACGCCGAUGAUUCUUCCUAUGUGCGUCUUGGCGGCGCACUACUCGAGAAGUACAUUAGUUUCUCGAAAGCGGCGAUUGUUCGCGAUCUGGAUCGCAAUUAACGCGCUAUUGGCGUGUUUAUUUGGCGUAUUACAUCAAGGCGGAGUCGUGCGCUCGAUGCGAACUCUAGCGAAAACAGAUGCCGCAUUCGAUGGCGGCUCGAGCGGACGCUUCGCGCUAUUCUGGAAGACAUAUUCACCCCCGCUCUCGAUUCUCGCCCAAUCGAGCGGUGAGUCCGAUCUCGUUUCGGUCUAUGACGCCGCCGGCGCGAGCGUCGAUGACGUGCGGGAACUCCUCCUCGCCGCCACUUCCAAGGGCGUUUGCGUCGCUGACCAGCCCAUGUGCACGACUUCGGCCAAGAAUAUCAUCAUCAUCGCUCCCGCCCUCGCGUUCGAACGUCUGCGCGAACGCACACAGAAUUUGGACUAUGAGCGCGUCUUAUCCAUCUUUCCGCACCUCUCCUUGGACCACCUCGACGACGUCUUCGACGCCUUCGCGUCUGGCAACCGCCGCGAGCGCUUCGCGCUCGUCAAGAAAUCCCUUCAAUUAACCGUGCAUCGCGUCCGUUACCCUUAG